AUGGAGGACCGAGGCUCCCCUUUCGGCGCAGGGUCCUCGUCGCAGGACGACUACGGGGAGGAAUGGGCUCACGACCUUCGCAUCCGCUUCGAGGGCCUGCUGCGCGAUAAGCGCAUGAACGACCUCCGGGCCCAGCACAUGUCAAGCUCUCGAGAGCGGUCGCCGAGCGCUUAUCACGACGCCCCUUCACCUGCUGGCAGCGGCCAGUACAGCCCAUCGCCCGCUGCGACGACACCGCCCUCCUACUCAGCCCUACGACAUCUCCCCAAGAUCCCAACACCACCCGCUGCCGCAGAUCGCGACUCACAGAAAUUCCGAAACCUCCUCCUCAGCCUAUCACUUACACCUACCAAGUACGAGAACCCUGGCCUAUUAGAUGAGGCUCUCCAGACCAUUCCCCUGGAUCGCAUAUAUAGCGAGGCGGAGGAGGAGAGCCAGGUUCUGCAGGCACAAGCAGAGAGUAUGGGCGACGGUCGGAAACCGGAAUGGGGCUAUCAAGACUGUGUCAUCCGAGCUCUUCUUCGAUGGUACCGACGGUCAUUCUUCACCUGGGUAAAUAACCCCCCAUGCCCAGUCUGCCUAUCUCCCACAAUCGCCCAGGGCAUGACUGCACCUACACCCGAGGAGAGUGCCUGUGGCGCACUUCGAGUUGAGCUCUAUCGUUGCUCUGCCGAAAGCUGCGGCACGUACGAGCGCUUCCCGCGCUACGGCGAUGUGUGGCGACUGCUGCAAACCCGCAGAGGCCGCGUCGGAGAGUGGGCCAACUGCUUUAGCAUGCUCUGCCGCGCAUUGGGCGGCCGUGUCCGAUGGGUUUGGAAUGCCGAGGACCAUGUGUGGACCGAAAUCUACUCGGACCAGCAGAAGCGAUGGAUCCAUGUGGAUGCCUGCGAAGAGGCCUGGGACAACCCGCGACUCUACACCGAGGGCUGGGGGAAGAAGAUGUCGUACUGCGUGGCCUUUUCUACCGAUGGUGCCACCGACGUGACUCGGCGAUAUGUGCGUAAGAGCGAAGCCGCCAACGAGCGCAACCGGUGCCCCGAGGAGGUCAUGCUCUACAUCAUGCAAGAAGUCAAAAAUCUCCGCAGGGCCAACAUGUCCAAGGAGGAGCGCUUCCGACUGGAAAAGGAAGACCAGGCAGAGGACCACGAACUUCGGACAUAUGUUGUCGAGUCCAUUGCCCAAGCCGUCACAGAUCUUGUGCCUGGGUCAUCCGCUUCUGCAAGUGGCAGCAAUGGCAGCAGUGGCGCUGCCGGCCAAGAUGCCAAGCUGCCCGCCGAAAACCCAGCUCGCCAGCCCGGAUCUGCCCAAUGGUUAGCUGCUCAGCAGCGCCAGCAUGACAGACAAUGCCAACCCCGCGAUCCUACCCAUAGGCGUGGUCUGCCUUGA